ACAAAAGACCAUUUGAUCCUUGAACAGUCCAAGAAUUUUCUAGCGCACUCAUACUUUACAAACAUAAAUAUUUAAAACCAUAUUUUAGUGUUCAGGAAAAUUGUAGAUUCCCCCUUUAGAGUUCUACUCCACCAAACUUGGUGCUGGUGACCAUUACUGUUCUAAAUUGCAUUGUAAACGACUAAUUCUAUAAGGCAAUCAUCCAGUUAGAAAAAUGAAAUUAUUUUAACCGGAGCUCAACUUUUUCCAAGUAUUAAACGUGGUUUCUCAUUCUGUUGUUUUCGGAAUAUAACAUAUAGAAACCAGAGGUUUUUUUUCUUAUUAAUCCCCUAUAUAAUCUCUUAAACUUCAAUAAAUUCGCCUCUUUCUCAUAAGAUUUAUACCUCUCCUGUAAGUUUAUCAUCAUGUCACCAGAAUCAUCCAAGUAGUUCUUCUCUGAAUCUUUUUGAAUCAUAAAAUGGGCAAAUCAAAACACAAAAAGAGAAAGAAACACUCUAGUCAUAAAGACAUUUUAAGUGACAGUGAUGAGGGAAAAAAAGUGUCAAGUAAAUCAAAACAUGGCUCAAGUCUUUGUAAGACAAAAGCAUGGGAUAUGGAAGGUUCUGAAAGAUGUAUUCAAGAUAAAAACAAACUUGAGGCCAAGGAAGAGGCUACUUCUUCAAUAACUAGUAAUACGGAGGCUGGUGGAUAUAGGAAAAGAAGUUCAGAAAAUCACAGUGAAGGUUUGGAGAUGAGAAAAAAGAAUAUUCAUAGAGAUGGUCACACCAGUAAAUAUUUAGAUCAGAAUGAGCCAGUAGAUUUUGAGAAUCAUCGUGCUGUAUUAAAUAAAAUGUUUUUUGGUGAUAAAGACAUCAUCAAAAGAGGUUCAACAACGUAUGAUGAUUUUUGGAUUUUUCUUCAAAAAUAUCAAGCUAUGCAAAUGAAUGCUGGAACUUUGAAAAGUCAUUCAGUUUUAAUGGGAUCUACGCAAUCAGGUGAGAGUUCGAUGGGGGUUCCAAAAUUGUACAGUAAGCACCACAAGAUAAAUUUUAAUUUGAAAACAGAUGACGUAAGAGAGCUGAUGUGUCGAGGACAUAUUUUUAAGGAUGAGGAUGAAACAGACCAGUUAACAGAAGCUGAUGUAAUUGAAUUCAAACAAAUCCUUCUUCUUUAUGUUAAUUUUCUGCAAAAACAGAAAUUUUCAAAACUGCGAAAACUCAGAGAAGCACAAGCCAACCUACCAAUUUCCAAAUAUGCUCAAGAUAUUGUUCAUGCUGUAAAAUCUCAUCAGGUUAUAGUUGUGGCAGGAGAUACCGGUUGUGGGAAGUCCACUCAAGUUCCCCAGUACCUGUUAGCUGCUGGUUUCCAAAAGAUAGCUUGCACACAACCACGAAGAAUUGCCUGUAUCUCUCUCUGCAAACGAGUAGCUUAUGAAACACUUAAUGAAUAUGGCUCUGAAGUUGCUUAUCAAAUUCGCUUUGAAAAAAGCAAGACACAACACACUAGAAUUCUGUUUUUAACUGAAGGAUUACUCCUCCGACAAGUUGCCUCAGAUCCUUUGUUGUCAUCCUAUGAUAUUAUUAUUUUAGAUGAAGUACAUGAGCGCCAUCUAUCUUGUGACUUCCUUCUAGGAGUAGUGAAGUGCCUGAUGAUCCAACGUCCCAACCUAAAGGUUAUACUGAUGUCAGCAACAAUCAACAUCCAACUUUAUACUGAGUAUUUUGGUAACUGUCCAGUGAUACAAGUUCCUGGUCGUCUGUUUCCAAUUGAAGUGUUUUAUCGUCCAACACCAGCAGAAGAACGUUGUACCCAAACUGGUCGAAUGAACCCUAAUCCUUAUAUUCAGAUAAUGCAACUAAUUGAUAGUAAGUACCCCUCUGGUGAGAGAGGUGAUCUGCUAAUAUUUCUAAGUGGAAUGACUGAGAUCUCAACUCUUGUUGAAGCAGCUACCAUUUAUGCAGAGCAGACACAGAAAUGGAUAAUUCUUCCUUUACACAGUACUUUAUCACUGGCUGAACAAGAUAAGGUGUUUGAUUAUCCUCCUGAGGGUGUACGUAAGUGCAUAAUAUCCACAAACAUAGCUGAAACCUCGGUCACUAUAGACGGAGUCAGGUUUGUGGUUGAUUCUGGGAAAGUAAAAGAGAUGAGCUACGAUGCCACUUAUCGCAUGCAAAGACUUCAAGAGUUCUGCAUUAGUCGAGCCAGUGCAGAACAGCGAAAAGGACGUGCAGGUCGUACUGGCCCAGGAGUUUGUUAUCGUCUUUUCUCAGAGAAAGAAUAUGAAGCCCUGUCACCGUACUCUACACCAGAAAUUCAGCGGGUACCCUUAGAUUCAUUAAUUCUUCAAAUGAUCUCUAUGGGUUUACCAGAUGCUCGGAAAUUCCCAUUUUUGGAAGCUCCCCCUGCUGAUAGCUUGGAGGAGUCAAUUCAGAGCUUGAAAGACCAGGCUGCCCUAACAGACGAAGAGAUGCUCACUCCCAUGGGCCAAAUGCUAGCUUGUCUUCCUGUGGAUGUGACAAUAGGGAAAAUACUGGUCCUAGGUUCAGUGUUUCAUUUAGUGGAUCCAGUACUUUCACUUGCUGCUACACUUAGUGUUCAGUCACCAUUUACCAAUCGAUCUUACCGUGAUCCUGAUAAAAUGGCUGCUAGGCGAUCCUUGGAAUCAGACCAUGGAGAUCCAUUUACUCUUCUUAGUGCUUACCAUAAGUGGUUAGAGGUGAAGUCCAAUCGCCAUGAAUCCUCCAGAAAAUGGUGUAACAGACAUGGACUGGAGGAGCAGAGGUUCUAUGAAAUUACAAAGCUGAGACGACAAUUCAAGGAUCUUCUUCAGAAUUCAGGACUAAUGGAACGCAAGCUUUACCAGACUAGCAGCUCCCGGAGAGUUCAAAGAUAUGGAGAACUACGUCAACUUAGAGAAAUGAAGAGACAAUUCCAACAAACUCCACACCAACGUAAAAUGCUAAGACUUGUGUCAGAUAUUGAGGGAAUUGUUGAGGAAGGGGCUGAAGAGGAUGUAGACAUUAAAGAUGUAGAAUUUCGAAUGUCAAAUGAUUGCAACCAGGUCCAGGCUUUACUCUCUACUAGUAAUGCUUACACUCACAAGGACCUCGUGAUGUUGAAGCUUAUAGUAGCUAGUGGACUUUACCCACAAGUAGCAGUGGCAGAUGAGCACAACUCCUACAAGAGUGAUUCAGAUCAGCUUUUUCACACCAAAGCAAAACCAUUUGUUAUGCUUCAUCCCAUGAGUGUUCUAGCUCUACAGCCAGAUCUGCUUCAGCUCCGAGAAAUGGAUGUUGAACAGAUGCAGGGAUUUACUUCAAGAACACCGCUGAGCAUGAAACAUCAGCUGCUGACAUACUUGUUGUUACUAGAAACUACAAAACCUUAUCUUGUCAACUGUUUACGGGUGCCUGCUGCUCAUUCGUUACUACUACUGUCUCACAGUCUAGACACAAAUCAGGAUUUCACCAGGAUUGUCUGUGAUGGUUGGUUAGAACUAAGGUUUGUAAAUGGAGAAGGAGCUCAACAGUUUGUUUUACAAGCCAUUAGGAUUAGAGAUCUGUGGGAAGACGUUUUACAAAACAUAUUUCAAGAAACUGUUUCCACACCCGCCAGUGACCAUGAACUCAGUAGGGAAGUGAGAAAAAAACAACAAACUUUACCAAAGUUGCUUGACAGGUAUCUUCAUCUUGAGGUUUUACAUACUAUCCGCAGGCUUCUGGCAGCAGACUUAAAAGAACUCUACAUUGGUUCAGAAGACUUCUAUACUUCAGAAGGGACAUCAUACAUGGCUGGUGUGUUUGGUGAAGUUAAUGAGUACAGGGCUCAUCCAAAGAAAGGAGGGCUUGUAGUGAAAACAUAUCUUACGUACAACUGCAUACUUGAUGUUGACCAAACCACACUCCAGUACAUCCAGAAACCUUGGUUGUGUCCUAAGUGUCAUCAGGAGUUGACAUUGUCAGUGUUGGACCAAGUAAGACACCAGGAACAGUGCCAAGCUAAUGAAAAUGAUGAAGAGGAAGCACAAAAAAGACUGUCUAUGAAUUCUUUGAAAAAAGCUUUUUUCUGCUCUGAAUGUCAAGAAGAAUUGUUCUUAACCUCUACUGAGAUGCUACGUCAUAAAAAAUCCCACAUGCAACAAGAAAAAGUUUGAACUCUAGUUUGUAAGUUCAUGUUUAAUAAUAUGGUUGGUGUUAUCAGUCUAGUUGUGAAAUACUUAUUGAUCAACUGAACUGUGAAAAGCAAAAGGAAGCUGACUGUCUAUGUCACAUUUGGCUGUUUUCUUUGUACCAUCUUAUUUUUGUAUAAAAUACUGAAAGAAACUAUGUCCAUAAAUUACAUUCUUUUCAGAAACAUUUGUAAUAUUGUAAAUAAUCAUUAUCUAAUUUUAGUCACUUGCAAGCCACACUUGAGAUACCAUGUAUUUUAAUAAUAGUAAGAAGGAGAACAAGGCUCUUCUAUAGUACAGUGGUUGUCAUUUAAUAUAAACUAUUUAAUACAACUUUAAUGAAGUUACUGUGUUAGAACUUUAAAAGAAAGAAAUAAUAGAGGUUUGUUGGUCAUAUAGUAAACUUGCUUAAUCUACAUCUGAAAGAGAUAAUUUCAGGGGCUGUUUUUCAGACAAGGUCAUGUCUUAGGGCCUCAAAAUAGUUGGAGUUAACCCCAUUCCCAAACUUUUUUCCUGUCAAUGUCUGAGCAAUUUUUUCUGCUCUGAGCAUGCAGUUAUUUGCAUGACAUUGUAAAUUUUUUGAGUUUUCAUGUUAGGUAGUUUCAUUCUAUCGUUGUUUGUUAGUUUGUGAAUAAUCAUUUUCAAAUUAAACCAUUAAUACUUAGGGGAAGUUGAAACUCUUAUUUUGUUGUUUGUUUGUGUAUGUUUUAAAAUACUUAUCAUGAAACAUCAGUAGAAUUGAAGUAAAAUGUGAACUAAGAUGCUGUUAUAUCAGAAUAUUGCACAUGAAGUGGAUCCAGUUUGUUGUAAAAUAAGUCCAUAGAUGUGGUAUUCCUAAACCAGCUGUACUUGGUGUUAGGGCCAGUGUUAGCUUAACUGAAGACCUAAGCAGCUACCUUUUUGCCUAUGCUUAACACUGGGUCUGUUUGGGGGUAGUGGACCCUUUAUACUUUCCUGUUUACUUGAGUAAUAUAUUUAGGGAAAGGCAGACAAUUUUUGUGUAAACUAGCUUAGCACGUGCUGUUUUACUGCUGAAGCUUUAGCUAAGAAAGAAUUUUUCUCUGUUUCUAAUCUUUGAUUGUUUUAUUUAAAUUAUUAAAAUUUUCUAGUUGUAAUCUGUAUUGGUAGGCAGUCCAUGCCAGAUAUCUAGUAUUUUAAUGGCCCAUUUCAAGCCUAUGGGCUUACCUUUUCUGUUUUUACAUUUUACAGUCCAAAAGGCUUGGAUGUUAUUUCAAAUUACUUCUGCUCUGUUAACUUCACUGUGUUUGGCAACAAUAUCUAGACUGUUCUGGCUGCUAGGGUCAGAUCAUCAGCAUGUGCCAUGACUCUUAUUUAACUGAAUUUCUAGGAAUGAGAAUAACCUUGAUGUUCUGGUAUUGAAAAAAGUCAGGUCAGGGAAGAAUAAAAAAAGUGGGAUAUCUCUAUCUUACACAGAGUUAAUAGGUAUUUUCCAGGUAAAAUGUACAUUGACAUUUUCUUUAUCUUAUAUAUGUGUGUUAAGAAUUUUAAUCCAUUUAAUGAUAUCUUUCAGAAAAUUAUACUUGUGUAAAGUGAAUAAUAGAAAACUGAGAUUAAUUAAACCAAAGGCUUCCUUUUGAUUGAUAAUUAUGUCACUUUUUUUUGCUAUUACAGAAGCUGAUUAUAUCUCAUAACAAUGUGGUAUUACUAUGAAUGCUAUGACCCUUAAUGUUGCUUGAUUGGGUGACUCUGACUAAAUGAGUAUAUUGCUCUCUUAAGCCUAUUGCUAAUACACUUAGCAAGAACCAUAAUCUAUGUUACAAUGGAUGAUAUUUAUACAAUCGCACUUGGGUGACAGGAAUAAAUUUCUUUUUAGAGUGUGACAUAAUUAUACCACUUUCGAUCGAAGGAGGUUAGGUAUUCAUAUUUAGACUGUUGUUUAGCAUUUUUAAUAAUUUUGAUUAAACUUUGCCCCGAGUACACUGAUUUAUAAAAUUCAACCAGUAACUCAAGACUCUCGGAUCUGGGAGAUUUAUUUAAUUCACAGCAUACUAAAGUCUACAGUAUUCCAGUAGCGAUACUGUUUCUGAGGUUCUUAUUGAGUGCUUGUAAACUUUGUGGCAUUUUAUUCCAUAUUUCAGGAAAAUACAGGUUUGGGAUUAUGCUUAAUAAAUGUGGCGAAUUCCUGAGAAUAUUUUCCAUUAUUAUUGUAAAGAUCUUUUAUGUACAGGAUGUCCUAAAAAUGUGGACCCAUAGGGAAAAUAAACAUUAUAUUCUUAAAGUUAAACAAGUACAUUUCUAAUGUCUGUUGUACAUAUUUCAGGAAAUAAAAUACCCUGGUGGAACAGUAUAUCAAAAGUUGAUAUGGCAUGCAGUUUGAAUAAUAAAUAAAUAAAGAAUAAAUUUUAUAUUUUUCUCUAUGGGUCCAGACUUCUGGGACACACUGUAUGAUACUUGUUUAUUUUGUUUGAACUCCAUAGAAGUAGUUUGAAAAACAUUUCUUUACUUUGAAUUUUAUUGCAGCAAAACUGGUGUUAAAAUUAAUGACUUUAUAACAAUUAUUAGGGUUUGAACGCCUUUUCUAAACUGACGAAGCAUGUUUAUCAUUAGUAGUAAUUAUUAUUGUUAUAUGUUAAUAUCAGGCAUGUUAUAUUCUUAGGACCAUAGUCUUAUUCAGUCCCUUAGGUUUUUUCAAGAAGAAAAAUUUAUAGUAGUAUUUCAACCACACUAUGUCUGCCAUAUCUAUUGCUGAUGAUGCUUGUCACUCAAAACAGCACUCAUUAUUAAUGGUCGGAACACUAUUUUAUGACAAAUAUAAUUAAUACUAAUUGUACUCUCCCUAUCUUAGAAAAGCCAUUCAUACCAUUUAUAUUAUAGUCACAAAUAAACAGUGGUCUGACUAUUGCUGUGUUCAGUGUGUCUCACCUGGCCUAAUGAGCUCUGUAUUGAGAAAAAUGGUAGUUAGAAUAUUAUAACUCUUCCUGUUUUUGAUAAACCCUAAUAGACUGAGUUAAGAACUUAGUUUUUAAAAUAUAAUAGGCCUAAUACUCAUGUCUUAUGACAAGUAUGAUUAAUUAUGGCUGUAUAGUUUGUCAAAGUCUGCUUUAACAAGCUGUGAAUAUUCAAUAAAUUUGGAAUCGUUAUGUACGCGUCUUGUUGAUGCUGUAGGCAUUCUAUCUAGGUAAUCAACUUGCCUAUUUCCAUUUCAAGAUUGUUUUUACCAUGAUUUUAAAAGCCAACAGGAUACCAUAUUUAUUAGGUGUUUCCCAUCAUGUUGUGUUAAUGUAGUUUGUGUAACAAAUGUUGGUCAAGCAGUUGUUGACAUAAUUUAUGACCUCUGUAUUUUCCUGGAGAAAUGCAUUGAGCUUUUAGUGUUCCUGUACUCAAUUGGGAUUAGCUGGAUUUAAAAUUUUUAAGAAUAUGCAGUGAUGUCCUCUAAUUAGUUAUAAAAUGGACUAAUCCUAGUUUUCUCACCAAAGACUAGGAUAUCACUAGUGGUGUAGAAUCUAUAUAGCCUGUACACCACCACACUUGCAACAUUCUAGUGAGUUAAUUCUGAUGUAGUGCCUUGAAAGUGGUGCCAAGUAUAGCUUUGGUUGAAUGUGUCAAUAAUAGGUUUGUGUAAGUUUGGUAUUAUAUGUCAUUCUUUUAUGUAGUAUGAAGUAAAGGGCUGUAUUAAGUAUCUUCACAUAUGAUUAUGUUCAUAGGUACAGUAUAGAUAAUAUUAAUACAAGUUAAUGAAAAAGGGGAGGAACAUAAAUAUUUUCACUAUGAAGUGUGUGUGUCAGUUAAUUUAGUAAGCAAAGCUUGCCACACUUGCCUUAAAACAUUCAAUCCUACCAGUAAGAUUAAGACUGAUGAUCAUAUCUGUACCUGAUUGUUCUCAGUCAUCCAAGGUUCCAGUAAGAGCAGAGGUUAAAUGUUUUGAUUUCGUCCUGACAAUAGAAAUGUGUAUCUUGGAGAAAAAACAUGUCUAUGUUAUGUCUAUGAAUAUAGUUUAUUGCAAAUUCUUGUUUUCUGUUUUAAACUCCUGGGUGUUUAAUGUCCCUUAUUGUCUUACCCUUAAAGUAUUUUGAAUCAGCAAGUUCAAACAAAUCAUGAAUUAUUUUUAGGUAAAGAAUGAAAUAAAACUUUACAAACUAUGUAAUCCUUUACAAACCUAAUGGUCACCCUAUCUUAAACCUGAUCCUGAUGGGUAAUGACUUAAAUAGAAUUGAUAAAAAUUACAGUUAACCAAUGUAACUUAGUUCACAUUGUAACAUUUUUUUUUUCAAGUAAAUGAUGAUAUAAAUAGCUUCUUGAUAAGCCCUGGUACUGGUUGAAAGGCCUCAUCAACAGUGGUUAUAGUGAACAUAAACAGAAUCAAGUUCUGCCAGUUUAUAAUCAACGAUCAUGAAGAUGCCAUAGCCAAGAUUGAAGGAGUAUAAAUACAGAAAAGGGUGGUAUAUAACAAGUAAAGCAACAAGGGUGGGUGGACAAAUAUUGAACUCCCUGUGACCAAAAAGUCAAAGCUACUACCCUUGGAUUAUUAACAUACCUAACUCUCUUUUAAGGUGAAUAUUUGGUCAGAGUAUGUAAAGAGGAUGUGACAUCAGUCGCUUUUUUCGUGUGUUUUGUGUGGGAUAUUUACAAAUGAUAGAAGGAAAUAAUGCAUUUUAUAAAUUGCAAAUAAAGAAACAUUUGGGAAAGUUGAAAUAUUGAAGUUUAAUUUGUUUUUGUCUCUUGUGAGAAGUUCUGCUAUUUAGUUUUACUAUCGUUUUUAUCCUCUUAAUCUUAGGUAAUAUUGACAAUAAUCUACAGAUGAGGUUUACUAUAAAUCCUCAAAUGAACUGGUAUUAACAUGUAAAAAUCAUUUAUGAGCACAACUACUUGUAAUGGAUGGAUCAGUACCACAAUGUACAUUUUUUAAUGAAAUUGUUUGUCUCAUUACCUAUGAGUGAGAGAAAACUAAAUCCAAGUUUUGUGUUUUGGAAAAAACAAUAACAUCUUCUUAGCUGGUGAUGUGUCUCUAACAAGAAGAGUUGAAAAAACCUGUAAAAUGUGAGCUAGUAAAUAUAUUUUGUUCAGAUGUCUUGAUUACAGUAUUUGUCAAAGGUGUAGAACAAUAUUGCAUGCUCAAGUAAUCUAAAAUCCGACUUUUUUGAUGGUCAUCUACUUCACUGAAAUAUUUGGAUUUUAAAUUACAUAGUGUGAAAGACCAAUAUGUCUUGUUUUUAUAUAUGAUAAACAUUCAGACAAGUAGUUACGAACAUUUUAGAGGCAUAUUUAUCAUCAAGUGACUAAAUGUAAGUUUACUGUGGUGAAGGGUAUCUAAGUUGGCAAAGCAAGAAAAUCUGAGAACUAAUAAAUGUCAUUAAAAAUCA